UGGUCCCUCAGGACUAGAGGGACUCAUGAGCCGGAGCCCAGAAAUCCAGGGGUGGAUAAGACACUUUGUCCCCUCCAAUUUCCGAACUCUUGACGACGGCUGGAGGCCAACAGAGUCCCUACAGGUGGUGUCCACGGUGAUGCAUGGACAAUGAGCGGCUGUUUUCCAGUUUUUGGCCUCUGGUGCCUAUCUAGGGACGGCGGGAUGGUCGCGCACGGCGUGCCGCGCUUCCUCCUGACCUUCAAUUUCCACGAGACUAUCGUGGACGAAAACAGCGGCGACUCAAUCGUGCGAACUGUGCCGGGCCAGCAGCUGCAGGAGAGCCUGCGAGCCACCGACCGCGAGGGCUUCUACAACGAGUACAUGCAGCGCGUCUUCAAGUACCCGGGCAAGCAGGGUGUGCGGUCGCGGGACCUGCGUGCUAUCUACGAAGCUAUCCCUUUGUUGCCAGGUAUGGGCGACCUGCUGCAGUUUGUGGCUAAGCAAGGCACCUGCUUGGAGGUGAAUCUCAUCUCUGAUCCUAAUGCCUUUGGCAUGGAGAGCAUGCAGCGCGCCACCGGCCACCACAGCCUGUUCCUCCGCAUCCUCAGCAACUCAUCGGGGUCCGACGCGCAUGGCCUGCUGGCUCUGUGGCCGUUCCACACACGUAGUUGCGUGCGCUGCCCUGCCAACACGUGCAAGCACAAGGCAUUGUUGGGAGUGGGUUGGGAGGGUGUAAUUGUCAGCAUUAUUUAAG